CCGGGGGGCAUGCCCCACCUACCCGCAGGAUACCCCGGCGGGGGCUCCCCGUUACGUCCCCGCGCGUCUGCCCCCCCGGCCUGGUGGUGGUGCGGCGAGGGCGCGCGAGACACCCCGCGACGCCGCUCCUCGCCUGACUCGCGGGGUUCCAGAGACCGCGACCGUGACCGCGACCGCCGUCAUCGGCAUAAGGAUAGAGACGACUCGAGGUACAAAGAGAAAUCUUCGAAACCCAGCGCCGCUCGUUCUGAACAUAGGCACAGAAAAAGAUGAAACCUACACAAGAAAACCAAACUAUUGUAAUUUACAACAACUAAAUCAUAAAAUUUUGUAACGAAACAAGUAAAACACGCGAAAUUCGGAAAGCAUUUCGAUGAAAAUGAAAUUUUAGUUAACACUUCGAAAUGAACUUGAAUGGCAAAAUGGAAGCGUGCAUUACUUGAAAAACAUAAGCAAAUAGUUUUUGUAACGAAAAACUAAAUUAUAAGGUUUGUAAGUAAGUUUGUUUACAAGUGUUUUUGUAAA